UUUCAGUAUUGAAGUCACUAAUUUUAUAAUACUUUUUCAGAUGGAAGAAAAGCUUAAAGAUUAUGCAAAGUCAAUGGUCAUUCUCUACAGGAUGCUGCACAAGAGAGGCUACAUCAUCCCUGAAGACAAGCAUGAAAGAUCACUUGAAGACACUAUUACUUAUAUGAAGCAACCAGGCACCACUGAAAAACAGAGAUGUAGUGUUGCUAACUGUGACCUCACCAUCACUUGCUUCAGAGCAGGCCCUGUCAAAGACCACAUCAUGGUCUUCUUUCUCAGAGACAGCAAAGUCACUGCCGGCAAGUUCAACGAGUGCAUCGGACAAGUCAGAGACCAGGAUGCGACCAGGUGCGUGCUCGUAAUCGGAGGAGAAAUGACUCCAUCGGCUCUGAAGCUGGCACGAGCCUUCGAUGAUCUGGUGACUCUGGAGGUGUUCUAUGAAGAAGAAGUGCUGUUUGACAUCACCGAGCACAAUCUGCAGCCUGAGUUCCGUGUUCUGACAGAGGAAGAAACUGAAGAGCUGUUGAAGGAAUAUGAGAUAAGUGUGUACCAGCUCCCAGCAAUCAGCAAGGCAGAUCCAAUUGCUAGAUUUUAUGGACUAGACCCCAAACAAGUGAUCAAGAUUACCAGAAAGAACCAGGUAUCAGGAUCUUAUUACACCUACAGAGUUUGCAUCUAA